UCAACGUCACUGCUAAAAGCAGGUACAUUUAACUAUGUAUUCAGCUGGGACAUACAUUUAACGAAAUUUUAUUUAGGUUUAAGAUAAUUGGAAACUUAUUUGAAUAUGGCAGGACAAUCACAGCACAGAGACAACCGUUCUUCAUACUUUUCUACAGACUUAGGUCGUUCUGGAAUAUAUGACAGUGUUAAUGGAACACCUUUUAAUUUUUCUCAGAGAGGAGAUAACCCGAAUAAUUUAAGGAAUAUCGACGGCAUUUCGGAAACCGCACGUGAGAGUGGACUUUAUGCCAGUCGAAUUGGAUCAACCAAACAACCAACAGAAGAUUAUUCAAAAGAAGGAAUGCUAGGUUCUACUGGACAUUUUCCAAGACAAAAUUGGGACCAAUCAUUUAAAGAAGGGAAUAUAACGCCAGAUAGUGGAACAUAUUCUAGAAAUAUUGAAUCCAACCAGUAUGACACGGACUACAAAGCAAAUAAUGAUAUAGGAAGAAGUUCAACGUUUGACAAUACCAGAGAUAGUGGUUUAUAUAAUAGUAAAAUUGGAUCUUUUCGAGAAACAAUACCAGAUAAAGAUAUGGCAACUCCUUUUCCAGAUAAUUUCGGCCUAGACAACCAACGUCAAUCUAGUAAACAUUCUAAACCAAAUAAAUAUACAGGAAAUAGUUUAGAAACAAUGUUAGAAGGAGAUGAUGAAUCCAAGCAGCCAGAACAUUAUAACUCAACAUUUUAUUCUGAGUCUCGGAAAGUAUUAGAUACGGGAAGAAUUACAGAUUAUGAUGGACAUUCAAACGCUAGUUUUCAAGAUGAUAAAGAGAUGCCUUCUUGGACGAACAUGUUGUUUGACCGACAAUUUACAGACGAUUAUAUAAAGAAAACGUGGCCAAAGAUAACACUACCAUUGGCCAACACUCGAAAAAAUGAUCCGUUCGCUCCGGGAACGGACGACGAAGGUAGUAAUACUAUCGAUGAAAAAAGUGGAACGCAUGAUCACAAAGUUCGGAACACGUUAUGUGUUAUUGGAUUUGGCACAUUGUUAUUAUGUCUGGUUGGGGCAGCAAUUAUUACCAUAGCAUUAAUAGCAAAUCAGAGAACAGAUAAGACUGACUAUGUGAAAGUCAACAUGACGGUUGCAAUUGACAAGACUUUUACAGCAGAGUUAAACGACCCAAAUUCACCGGAAUAUAAGAAUUUCACAACCGAAUUUUGUGAUAAGAUGAAAAAUGUAUACGCUAGUACAAAUAGUUCCGUAGAUGGAUAUUAUGGAUGUAAAGUCAACCAGCUUACGAAUGGGAGCAUCAUUGUGAACUACUUCAUAUACUUCAUUAGUACCGCAAAUCAGCAGGUCACUACAAGCGCUGUUUCGGCAACAUUGACUACACAUUUAACUGUUUCCGGUACCCAGUUAGGAACCUUAGUUUUUAUAAUAAGUACUAUAAUUGUCCAUGACGUGGUAACUGAAACACUAGAAUCCCCACCAGUUGUUGAACAAAUAGCAACAACAACAACAAUCCCCACUAUGACGUCAACAGGAGAUACUACAUCAAACACUAUGCAACCAGCAACAGAAACCACAACCCCCUCAAUCACAUCGCCUAGAGAGACCACACCUAAAACUGUGCAGUCAACAACGGAAACUACAACCCCCUCAAUCACAUCGCCUAGUGAGACCACACCUAAAACUGUGCAGUCAACAACGAAAACCACAACCCCUUCAAUCACUACACCUGAAAAGACCACACCUAAAACUGUGCAGUCAACAACGGAAACUACAACCCCCUCAAUCACAUCGCAUAGAGAGACCACACCUAAAACUGUGCAGUCAACAACGGAAACCACACCUAAAACUGUGCAGUCAACAACGGAAACCACACCUAAAACUGUGCAGUCAACAACGGAAACCACAACCCCUUCAAUCACUACACCUGGAGAGACCAAACAUAAAACUGUGCAACCAACAACAGAAACCACAACUUCUUCGAUCACAUCACCUAGAGAGACCACACCUAAAACUGUGCAGUCAACAACGGAAACCACAACCUCUUCGAUCACAUCACCUAGAGAUACCACCCAUAAAACUGUGCAGCCAACAACAAAAACCACAACCUCUUCGAUUACAUCACCUAGAGAGACCACACAUAAAACUGUGCAACCAACAACGGAAACCACAACAUCUUCGAUCACAUCACCUAGAGAGACCACACAUAAAACUGUGCAACCAACAACGGAAACCACAUCCUCUUCGAUCACAUCAACUAGAGAGACCACACAUAAAACUGUGCAACCAACAACGGAAACCACAACCUCUUCGAUCACAUCACCUAGAGAGGCCACACAUAAAACUGUGCAGCCAACAACGGAAACCACAACCUCUUCGAUCACAUCACCUAGAAAGACCAUACCAAACACUGAGCAGUCAUCAACGGAAACUACCGCUCCGUCAAUUUCGUCACCUGGAGAGACUGCACUAAAAGGCAUGCAAUCUACAACGGAUAUUACAACCCCCUCAAUCACAUCAACAGGAGAGACGACACAAAAAACUGUGCAGUCAACAACGGAUUUUACCACUCCCUCAAUCUUUUCAACAGAUGAGAUAACAACAACAAAUAUGCAGUCAACAACAGGGACUUCUACCCCGUCAAUCUUGUUAACAGAACAAUCUACACCAAAAACCAUGCAAUCAACAACUGAAACUACAAUCCCCUCAAUCUCGUCAACAAAAGAGACAACACCUACUUCUAUGCAAUUCAAAACCUCUUCACCCUCAAUCUCAUCAACAGAAGAGAGUCCACAAAAAACUAUGCAAUCAACAAAAGAAACAACUUUGUCAUCAAUAUCAACAACACUAGAACAGAUUUCAAGUCCACCAACCCCUCAAGUGUCAGAAGAAACAACUAAACAAACUUUCAAAACAACAGAAGGUACUUCAACUAGCAUAGAAACAGAGAUUUCAACGACACAAGACAAAAAUUCCAAUAAAGUUUCUACGAUAACCACACCAGUUAAAGUGACAUCGCCAUUUAUUGAUUCCACGAUAAAAGAAACUUCAAAAUCGCCAACAACUUAUAAAACACCAGAAAUGACAACAUCAUCAGUUACUUCCAAACCGGCAUAUGAUUCAACUACGUCAGUUGCUACUAUGUUGAACGCCAAAUCAACGACACCAUCAAUUACACAACCAACAACAAAAACUGUAACUGUUACAGAUUAUAUUUCACCUACAAUGGUUGAUAUUACAGCUAGGACAACACAUAAAUCAUUUCUGUCAGAAACUACAUCGCCGUUUUUUUCAACCAAAAUAGAAAUACAAACAACUUUUACACAAAACAAAGAAACCACAACUUCUGUUGCAGUGACAGACCAAACGAAUGCAUCAGUGAAAGUCUCGACUAUAACCGACACAACAUCGAGAAGUACAGCACUUCAAGAAGACAUGACAUCAAGUAUAUCUGAAGAUGAAACAACCGUAUCAGCAAGUAGAAUAUACACGUCUAGUGAUAAAACAUCAUCAGCGAGGACAACAACAUCAGAAGCCCCUUCAUCAAAAGAAACAACAGCAACAGUAGACAAUAUUCCAACAACAACCGCUGCUUAUGAACCAUCUUCAGAUGGUACAUCGACUACGCUUACGCCCUCUUCAGCCGAAUUAAACUGUACAGAUGCAGUUGAGGCUGACCUUUAUUCCGGACCUGUGAAUAUAGAAUGCACCAUAAUAAAAUCGGAGGAGUUUGAAUAUAUUGGAAUCUCUCAUGAAAAUGGGUUUGACAAUACGAUAUACGGAGUUUCAGUUUAUAAAAAUGGAACUAUUUUCAAAACAUAUAAGGAAAAUCAGGAUAUAAGCAUUAGUAUUGAAAGUACAUCAACAAUAAAGUUAAUAAUAACUUUUAUCAAUGUGACUUGUACAAUGGAUGGGUCUUACAAAGUAUCUUUGAUCAGUAAUAGUUCAGGUGAAAUGAAUGAAAUAAUUGGAGUGAAUGUAUUGCUGAAAAUAAGAAGUCCAACUGGAAAACCCACAGUAACUCUGAGUGUCGACCAAGUUAUAGACCUAGUCUUCCCUGAUGGAAAUUAUUAUCGCGGCUCUGGAAUUCAUACAUGUGAAGGACUCAUUGGAGAACCUCCUGCUAAGUUAGAAAUAGAUAUCACGUAUAAUAAUGGCACGAGCUUUGCACCAAUUUCCAAUUCAAAUAUACAUUUAGUAUCACGAACCAAUACUUCGGAUGAAUGCAGCACAAAAGAAACUCUAUCAUUUGGUUUAAAGUUUUCACCAGAAAUGGAUGGUGCCAGAUUGAGAUGCCGAGUAUCAGACAGUUUAACUGAAUACACAUUAAGCGAAGAAUUAAAUUUGAUUCCGAGAAAUAUAUGUGACUGUAGUGCCAGUUUUAGUUAUCGGGGACAUCCAAGCAACUGUAAAGUGCAGGUAUAUUGUGUAACAGAAGGUGGCAUUGCAUAUCCCAGAGGUAUUGCGUGUGCAUCAAACCAAUGUCGAAACAGUAUAACAGGAGUUUGUUCGAAUGACUGUUCUGCUACAGUAUGCAAUGAAACUGUUCCAUCGGACUUUUGUACAACUCCUGCACCGCCGACAACAACACCAGCUCCUUCACCUUAUAUUGUUUGUACUGAUACUACUGCUAUUAUAAAUUCUGGACCAUCUGUGAUAACAUGUCAUCUUAACGACACAGCUACUUUUACAGUUAUGAACGUAACGUACAUGAAAUUGGGAACAACUGAUGUUCAACAACUAGCAUUAAUUGAUGAAGAUAAUACCGUCACAAUGUUCGCAAUGGAAGGUAUUGUAUCUAUUAUUAUGUCAAAUAACAUUAUCAACAUCACAAUAUUGGACUCAUCAUGUACAAACGAGGGAACAUUUGCUGUAGUUACAAAUAUCAAUGGGGAGACAAUAAAGGAUCAAGGAAAAUUUAGCGUGAUAAGUAAACCAAAUGGAGAUGCAGACUUGCAACUACAUCCUGAUCAAAUAGCAGGACUCUUGAACUAUAGAACUUGGUUACUACAUUCUUGCAUAAUAAACGUUGGAUAUCCACCAGGUGAAAUAAGUAUUGAAAUGAUGAAACAAGAUGAAACGGAGUUUAACAAUUUGAAUGUAAUCAUUCACGCUACAGAUGACGACAUUGACAAUACGACGUGUUCUUAUGUCCGAACAACUAAAUUUGGUUUUGAUUUUACAGCGGAUAUGGACAAGGCUAUUAUGCGAUGUACUGUUACGCACGAUUUGUUUACUGUCGACGAUGUUGUUUACUCGAACAAUGAAACAGUCUCCCUUAUUCCUAUUGACUUUUGCAAGAAUAAUACUGUCCCACAAAGUUAUCAUCCACAUCAAAAGAAUUGUAACAGUUUUAUUCAAUGUGAAGGAGAAGUAACAUAUGGUCAACCUUGUCCAUCAAAUCUGUGUUUUGGAGUAACUGAAACAAAUGGUUGUAACUUCUGUGAUCAAGCUAUAUGUCCAGCAGAUAUAACUACAACACCAGUACCUGAAAGCAGCACAUUUGCAUCUUCGAUUGAAGAAACUACAACACCAGAACCUAUGUCUUCAAUUGAUGUGUUCUGUAAUAGUUCAACAGUCAUAUGGAAUUCCGGGCCCGUCGAUAUGGUAUGCAAAUUAAACACUACUGAUUUCAACGUUUUGAAUGUAACGUUCAGGUCAUCUACACAAGUCAUUCCUACUAUUAUCUCGCAGAUUCAGAGUAAUGGAAAUAUUCAUGAUUUGAUCCAAGAUGAUGGUGUAAUAGUUACCUAUGUAGGUCAGCUUGUUACUAUUUCAAUACUUAAUGCUUCAUGUUCGAGUGGGGAUUUCUAUGGUCUUAUGGCAGUUGAUAUAAACGGGAAAGCCGAAGGACAAGCAGAAGGAAAGCUUAUUGUAGGAAGCAUACCUUCCGACGCAGUUCUUACACUACAUCCAGAUCAAAAUGCGGAUUUAGCAUAUAGAAAUUGGCUUCUUCACAUUUGUGAAGCUGAUGUUGGGUAUCCACCAGGGGAAGUUCAAUUUGAAAUUCUCAAUGAAGGUGAAGCUGAAUUUACAGUUUUAGAUGCCAAUAUCGUAACCAGUAAUGAUGAAAGUGGCUCCUGUUCUGUAACAAAGAAAGUAGAGUUUGGAAUAGACUUCACUGCUAAUAUGGACAAAGCAAUAAUUCGAUGCAGUGUAAAAUCUACCUUGUAUCCUGAAAAUCCAGUUAUUUACUCUAACAAUGACACUGUUUCCCUUAUUCCAAGUGAUUUUUGUGAAAGCCAUAAUGCUACCUACAAUCCUCAUACAAUAAACUGUAACUAUUACAUCCAAUGCCAAGGCAAUACUGUAUAUGGUCAAAAGUGUCAAAGCAGUCUCUGUUUUGGAAUUACACAAAGAGAUGGAUGUGACUUCUGUUUUAAUGCGAUUUGUCCAUCAGAUAUAACCACGACAGCUAAACCAGAAACCACUGUACCUGUACCAUCUAUUGAUGUUUCCUGUACUGGUACGUCCGUUUUGCUGAACACUGGACCAACAAAUAUUGUUUGUGUAGUCAACACAACUUCGUUUGGUAUGAUGAAUGUGACAUUCACAAAAUCAUCUGGAGUAAAUCCGUCACUUAUUGCACGGAUUGAAAGCGAUGGUAGGGUUAUAUAUACAAAUUUCAGUGAUCAAAUUGUCGUUCAAUAUGCAUCUUCAACAGUUACUGUAACUAUCCAGAAUGCAUCGUGUCCAUAUGAGGGAUUUUACGGUGUUGCAGUUGACAAUGGUAAUGGUUUGACAGGCAGAAAAGAUGGUCAAUUGUCAGUAACUGCAAAACCAAGCGGACCUUUGGAAUUCAAAAUUCAUCCGGAGCAGAUUGCUGGCCUCAAUACUGUUAGAUCCGAAAAGUUACAUUCGUGUACUGGUACUAUCGGCGAUCCGGGAGGUACAAUUGGCGUUGAAAUACUUCUUGACGGAGACGAUAACUUUCAAACAUACGAGCCAAGUUUUAAAUCCAUAUCAGACACUCAUGAAAAUUGCACGAUAUAUCGGGAAUUCAAGUUUUGGAUUGCCUUUACAGCGGCAAUGAAUAACGCAACUAUUAGAUGUAAGAUAACAAAUGACGAAUACCCAACUGAUCCGCCAAUAAAUUCUAAUAACGAAAACCUCGCACUUGUUCCAGAUGAUUUCUGUAACAGGAAUUAUAAUGGAACCAAUUUAUACCAGCAUCCUACAGACUGCAACAGAAUUGUCACUUGUGUGGAGAAAGUCACCUAUGUUGGAGCUUGUUUACCUGGUUUAUGUUUUGAUCCUACUAUAGUAGCUUGUAACUUUUGUUAUAGAGUUGAUAGCUGUCCAUAAUUUCUCUUUUCUGUGUUUUGUUGUUUUUCUUAAUGUAUGCAUUAACUAUAUAAAUAUCAUUUUGAUUACUGUAUAAGAAAAGACUGACUUCGGUAAGCUUCAUGUUUUCGAUCUAAACAAAUUAAUGUUUAAAUCAAGAGAACUGUUUAAUUGAUUUCCAUUGAAAAUCGAAAUUUGGGUUAUUCGUGUCAUUGUUACCCCAGGAAAAGAUCGACAAGAUGUAUAUUCUCAAAAAGAAGACAAAGAAGUUUUAUUGCACUUUUGCUUUUAACAAUUUACUCAAUCUCCAGCUAUAUUUCAGUUAUUAUAUUUAAGUUAGUUAUAUAUAUUAAGUACAGCUCUGUGUAAGAGCCAGGCAGAGUGUGAUAUAUUUCAAUUGUUUAUGUAAAGAGUUAUUGAUAUAUUUUAGAACGAAUUUUUGUCAUUUUCACUUGUGUAAAUGCAGUACUACCACUUAAAUGUAUAGUAUUGAUAUUCUGUCGUUUCUGAAAUAAACAUUGUUUUGUCCA